UUUCCAACAGAGAGUGGAAAGAAAAAGAACUGUAAUCGCUGGCUGCUCCCCCUAGACAGCGCGCUUUCCCUCUCACAUCCGCACCAACUCUUCGAAGCUCUCGCCCAAUCCCAUUGCUCGGAGUCGGUACAAAAUGAGGAAGAAAGUUGAUGAUCGCAUUAGGACUAUGAUUGAGAAUGGUGUAAAGGCUAGGCAUCGCUCUAUGUUUGUUAUUAUUGGCGACAAGUCUCGUGAUCAGAUUGUAAAUCUUCACUGCUUGUUGAGCAAAGCUCUCAUCAGAGCAAGGCCAAACGUUUUAUGGUGCUAUGAGAAAAAAUUGGAAAUUAGCAGCCACAAGAAAAAACGCACAAGGCAGGUGAAGAAGCUAAUGCAAAGGGGACUUCUUGAUCCUGAAAAGGCCGACCCUUUUUCUUUGUUUGUUGAAAGUGGAGCCGUUUCUUAUUGCUUGUAUAGGGAUUCAGAGAGAAUACUCGGGAAUACAUAUUGCAUGUGCAUUUUACAGGAUUUUGAAGCAUUGACACCAAAUAUUCUUGCAAGAACUAUUGAAACUGUCGAAGGUGGUGGUUUGGUCGUUUUGCUUCUUAGUUCACUCUCUUCGCUUACAAGUCUCUGCACAAUGGUCAUGGAUGUUCAUGAAAGGUUUAGAACGGAGUCACAUUCUGAAAUAGUUCCUCGGUUCAAUGAACGGUUUCUAUUAUCUCUUGCAUCAUGUAACGCAUGCUUGAUCAUGGAUGAUGAACUUAAUAUUUUGCCAAUCUCGUCACAUACGAAGUCCAUCAUUAGGCCAUCUGUUUCUGAGGAUCAUGAUUCUUUGGGAACAGAACAAGAAUUAAAGAAUUUGAAGGAACAACUUCAUGAUGUUUUGCCAGCUGGUCCUUUAUUUGGAGUAUGUACAACAUUGGAUCAGGGAAAAGCUGUUUCAACUUUUCUUAAUGCCAUUUUGGACAAGGCAUUUCAAAGCACUAUCGCGUUGAUUUCUUCUCGUGGGCGAGGUAAAUCUGCCGCUUUGGGUUUGGCAAUUGCAGGUGCUAUAGCUGCAGGGUAUUCGCGCAUUUUUGUUACUGCUCCUUCCCCCGAAAACUUGAAAUCACUGUUUGACUUCAUUUGCAAGGGACUGCGUUCAUUGAAUUUUGAGGAGCAUUUGCAUUAUGAUCUGGUCAGAAGUACAGAUUUGGAGUUUCGAAAGACAAUUACGCAAAUAAAUGUUUACAAGGAACACAGCCAAAUAGUUCAGUAUAUCCAGCCUCAUGACCAUGUAAAGCUCUCCCAAGCUGAACUUCUGGUUAUUGAUGAAGCAGCAGCUAUUCCAUUGCCUGUUGUCAAGUCAUUGCUAGGACAAUAUCUGGUCUUUAUAUCAUCUACCGUUAGUGGAUAUGAAGGCACGGGGCGCUCUUUGUCACUGAAGCUUCUCAGUCACUUAGAAUCGAAAAGUCAGAAUCCUGCUCGUGCUGCUAGUUCCAGUCACUCUGGUAACCUAUUCCAGAAGAUAGAAUUGAAGGAGCCCAUCAGAUAUUCAUCCGGGGAUCCCAUAGAGUCUUGGCUUAACAGUUUACUGUGCUUGGAUGUUAUGAAUUCGACACCUGCUAUAAGCAGGUUCCCUCAUCCUAAGGAAUGUGAUUUGUAUUUUGUAAAUCGAGACACCUUGUUCUCCUUCCACAAAGAAAGUGAAAUAUUUCUACAGCGAAUGAUGGCUCUUUAUGUUUCAUCUCACUACAAGAACUCUCCUAAUGAUCUGCAACUAAUGGCAGAUGCUCCAGCUCACCAUCUAUUUGUACUGCUUGGACCAGUUGAUGAGACAAGAAAUAUUCUUCCAGACAUUUUGUGUGUUAUCCAGGUGUGCCUUGAAGGAGAGAUUUCACGUAAAUCUGCACUUCAGAGCUUGCAAAUGGGGCGCCUGCCUUCUGGUGAUCAAAUUCCGUGGAAGUUUUGUGAAGAGUUUGAGAAUACAGAUUUUCCAAACUUCUCAGGUGUUCGCAUUGUCAGAAUAGCAGUUCAUCCCAGCACUCUAGGGCAAGGAUAUGGUUCAGCAGCCUUGGAUCUUCUAACAAGAUACUAUGAGGGAAAGUUGACUGCUGUUGAUGAAACAAAUGUUGAAAAGAAUGUAACGACGCUUCAUGACAACAUCAUUAAGGCAGCAAAGAAGGUCUCACUGUUAGAAGAAAACUUUGCUCCUAGAGAAAACCUUCCACCUUUGCUGAUACAUCCUUGUGAAAGAUUACCUGAAAGAGUUAAUUACAUCAGUGCUUCUUUUGGGCUUACCAGGGAUCUUUUCUGUUUCUGGAAGAAACACAAAUUUACCCCUUUUUACAUAUGUGAUAAUCCAAAUAACACAACUGGCGAGCAUAGUUGCAUGGUGAUGAAGCCAUUGGAGAUUGAUGAUUUUGAACAUCUUUACAAGUUUCUUUCUCCUUUCUAUCAGCGUUUCAAAAGAAAGUUUGUGAAACGCCUUCCAUCAUGCUUUCGGGAGUUAGAUUACAAGCUUGCUAUGAGUAUUUUAGAUCCAAAAGUCAACUUUUCAGAAAAUAAGACUGCAUUAUGUUCAGAAAAGGCUUCUAUUUUGGUAAAUUUGAUUUGCUCUCCAGAUGAAGUGAAAUUGCUGGAAUCUUAUGCUAACAAUCGCAAAGACUAUGGGAAGGUCAAGCAUCUUGUGCCACUCUUGGCCUAUUACUACUUUGAUGAGAAGCUUCCAAUUACAUUAUCACAUCUCCAAGCAUCUCUUUUAUUAUGCAUGGGCUUGCAGCUUCAUGAUAUAACUUACAUUGAGGAGAAAAUGAAGAUAGAAAGGCAGCAAGUCCUGCAUCUGUUCCGUAAGGUUAUGGUAAAAUUUUGCAAUUAUUUUUAUGAUGUUCUAACCAAAGAAUUGGAUACGAGUUUCCCUCAUGAAAGCAAGGUUGCAUUGGAGCCCCAUAGUGUGUCAGUUGAUGAAGAUUUAAAUGAUGGUGCACAGAAAUUUAUGCAGGAGAGGAUGAGAAUAGAGAAUGCAGGUCUGCUAAACCCAGAAUCAAUACAGCAAUACUCCGUUGAGGAUAGAGAAGAUGAAUUUGAGCAAGCUCUUAAAAAAUGUAGUACAAUAUCUGCCAGUGCCAGUGGCAUUCUUAGUGUGAAGUCUAACAGAAAUGCAUCAGAGAAGCGCAAGAGGCCUGAAAGAACUCCUAAAAGUCAGAAGAAGAAAAAAUAAAUCCAGACAAUAUCAAGGAAGACCAUUUGAGCUAAGCCAAUUCUCUUUACAAAAUGGCCAGCAACUGCAAGAGAUUAAUUGGGCUGGAGAAAAUUCGCUUACAUGAAUAGGUUUGGACUUCACUCUGAAGUCCAUUACAGAAAUGGGGUCAAUUGAAUUGAUAUAUUAUCAUUAAUUGUUUAUUAAACAACAAUACACUUUUUCUUAUUAGAAAAGACAAGAUAACAAAUUGAUUCAACAAACUUUUUGGCAUCAUAUUUAUAAUGGGAUUUGUGAGGAAGAUCUAACA